AUGAAGGCAUACUGGUUCGACAACCUCCCAGGCGACCAACGCCAGCCCCAUGACUCUGGUCGCUCAGUCGACCCAGACUAUCUGCAAAAGCUCGGUGUCAUCUACCACAGCGUCCCGGAAGUCUCCGGCGUCGAGCCGAUUGCUACAUCCCGCAGCUACAAGAACCGGGAUGAAAUCACCGUCAGCCCAGAGAAGAUGGGCGACAUCUACGAAGAGAAGGUGAAGUCGUUCUUCCACGAGCAUCUGCAUGAGGAUGAAGAGAUCCGGUACAUUCUGGAUGGUGCGGGUUAUUUUGAUGUUAGGAGCGAGGGCGACGACUGGGUGCGAAUUCGGCUUGAGAAAGGCGAUUUGAUUGUUUUGCCGCCGGGGAUUUACCAUCGAUUUACCACUGAUGAGCAAAACUACAUAAAGGCUAUGCGGUUGUUCAAGGAAGAUCCAAAGUGGACGCCACUUAACAGGGGGAACGAGACAGACGAGAACCCAUACCGGAAGCAGUACCUGACGGAGUACCUGAAGGCUAGACAGGGUGUGGAAGCUUAG